CGGGACGAAUAGAAAAUUUUUGAGCUUCAGAAGAUCAGUUAAUAUAUAAAAAAUCCAUUUUUGCUCACAUAAAUAGCUGCCCUUGCCGCCAUAGCUUCUUCAUUUAUUGGCCAGAAGGAAGAGAAGGCCGCGGGGAAGGAGCGAAGGGGAUAAGGGUAAGAAGCGGCCGAGGACGAUGAGUGAGCCUUUACUCGCCAGAGGUGGCGGCGGCGCAGAUGGAGAUGAGUGGAGGCAUGGGAAGAGAGAUGACAGAGAUGACAUGGAGGAGAUAAAGAGCGUGGGGCAGUUUAUGAGGGAGGCGGCGGCGGAGAACCGGCGGAUGUGGGCCCUGGCGGUGCCGGCCAUCUUCACUUCCGUAGCUCAGUAUUCUCUCGGCGCAUUAACGCAGGUGUUCGCCGGGCACCUUACAACGCUGGAUCUUGAUGCUGUCUCCGUCGAGAAUAUGGUCAUCGCUGGGCUCGCUUUCGGCGUCAUGCUGGGCAUGGGAAGUGCUCUUGAGACACUCUGUGGCCAAGCAUUUGGUGCGAAACAGUUCGACAUGCUAGGUGUUUACAUGCAGCGUUCUUGGGUCAUUCUUCUCACAACUUGCCUCAUCCUUCUUCCCAUUUAUAUCUUUGCAACCCCUAUCCUCCGCUUCUUUGGAGAGGAUGAAGCCAUUGCAGUUCUUGCAGGAAGGUUCUCUCUUUAUAUGAUUCCCCAACUAUUCUCAUAUGGCCUGAACUUCCCGAUGCAGAAAUUCCUACAGGCACAGAGCAAGGUCAUGGUAAUGGCCUACAUCGCUGCUGCUGCUCUAGUGCUCCACAUAUUGCUCAGCUGGCUUCUUAUAGUUCAGCUUGGGCUUGGCCUUGUUGGUGCCGCGGCCUCACUCAACAUAUCAUGGUGGUUUGUGGUGCUUGCUCAGUUUGCAUAUAUUGCCAUGGGGAGUUGUCCUGGUGCCUGGAAUGGCUUCAGCCGUCGAGCUUUCCAGGACUUGGGAGAAUUUACAAGGCUCUCCAUUGCUUCUGCUGUCAUGUUGUGCCUUGAGUUUUGGUACCUUAUGUUUCUCGUCAUACUGGUUGGCCAGCUGAAGAAUGCAGAAAUAACGGUGGCCGCAGUGUCAAUCUGUUUGAAUUUGCAUGGGUGGGAAAUAAUGGUCUUCAUUGGCUUCAAUGCUGCCAUAAGUGUGAGAGUAUCCAAUGAGCUCGGAGCUGGAAGGCCAAGAGCUGCCAAGUUCUCUAUACUGAUAAUUACUUUGAUCUCUGGAUUUAUCGGUCUCCUCUUCUUUACUGCGGUGAUGGCUUUGAGAAACGUUUAUGCCGUUCCCUUCACAAACAACCCUGAGGUUGUUCGAGCCGUAGCGCAACUCAUAAUUGUAUUUGCCUUCACACUUCUCCUUGACAGCGUCCAACCAGUUUUAUCAGGCGUUGCAGUAGGGGCAGGGUGGCAGGCAUUAGUUGCUUACAUUAACUUGGGGUGUUAUUAUGUAGUUGGAAUUCCACUUGGAUAUCUAUUUGCGUUUCCACUUGAUUUGGGUGUGGAGGGAAUGUGGGGUGGUUCACUGGUUGGAAUAGGAUUGCAGACUAUUAUACUCGUUGUGAUCACUUUAAGAACAGAUUGGGACAAAGAGGCAAUUGAAGCAGAAUCUCGCAUAAAUAAAUGGGGAGGAUCUGCCGAUAAUACAACUAUUAGCUCAAAGGAAUAUGGUUCUCCCAGCGAACUGGUAGCUUAACUAAAGUGAAAACCGAUAUUCUUUUCCCUUUUGAUUAGUAGUUUUUAAUUUUGUUUAGAUCUUCUGAUUAAAUAAUCUUCUCUUCAUGAAUGUGAAUUUAUAUCAGUAGGGCUGCAAACGAAUCAAGCUGAACCGAGUAGGUGCUUCUUCAUGUUUGAGCCCGUUUAUUAUUAGCUUGUUUAAACUCGGUUCAAGCUUGAUUCGAGCUUUUCAGUUUAUGUUCAAGAUUUUUUCGUUUAAAAUGAUAGAUUUUUAUGUUUGGCUUGUA